AUGCCUUUCAACAAGUCGACUGCCAAGGAACGUCUGCAAAAGAAGUUGAUGGCCCGGAAAGCGGAAGCCCUCGACCCCGCCAGCGAAAUGCUAAUCGAUCUGGCGGAGGCGGUGAACAAUGUGCAGAAGCUUAUGCAGCGACGGGUGGAUGAGAACGCGGCGAUCACGGAACUCGGCGAAUCCGAGGCCAAGCUGAAGGCGUUGUUGGCGAAAAAGAAGGAGAAAGACAACGAGGCCGCCCUUCAGCAGACAUAA